AUGCUCUCUGUCCUCCCAAACUCUUUGAAGUUUAUCUGUCAUAAUGGCGCUGGAUACGAUAACAUUGACGUCGACGCUUGUACAGAAAAAGAAAUUUUGGUGUCGAGCACACCGAUUGCUGUCAACAAUGCCACUGCGGACAUUACUAUGUUUUUGAUGAUCGGCGCACUUAGGCAAGCGUAUAUUUCGAUAUCUUCAAUUAGAAAUGGCCAAUGGUUUGGAAAAACAACGCUUGGGCACGAUCCGAGAGGGAGAACUCUUGGUAUUUUAGGGAUGGGGGGUAUUGGCAGGGAAGUAGCCCGCAGAGCCAGAGUAUUCGGAAUGAAUAUCAUAUACCAUAACCGCCGCCGACUCCCACGGGAAUUAGAAGGAGAUGCAACAUAUGUCUCUUUCGAUGAUUUGCUCUGCAAAUCAGAUGUUUUGAGUCUCAAUCUAUCACUGAACGCCUCCACGCGGCAUAUCAUUUCUGGUCCUGAGUUCGAGAAAAUGAAAGAUGGUGUAGUGAUUAUCAACACAGCCAGAGGGGCUCUGAUUAACGAAAAGGCUCUUGUUGACGCUUUGAAUUCCGGAAAGGUUUUCUCCGCCGGCCUAGAUGUUUUUGAGAAUGAGCCUUCUGUUGAACCAGGUUUGCUCAACAACCCAAGGGUCAUGUUACUUCCGCACAUCGGGACCACCACUCUCGAAACCCAAAGGGAAAUGGAACUCCUCGUUCUCGAGAAUCUAAGAUCCUGUCUUGAAAAGGGCACAUUGGUCACGUUGGUGCCAGAGCAACGAGAUGCUUUGCAUCAAGUUAAUGGACAUGAGAAUGGGCAUGUGGAGCGAAAUGGGCAUCUGAAUGGAUGGAAUGGAGUUCAUAUAUAGGGUGAGAAAGGUCAUGGGACGGUGGUAAGCGGAGUCAGGGUUUAUGGCUUUAAAUGUGUAUUCCAUAUAGGGUAUAUAUAUGUGGUUACAUAGGUAGAUU